GCAAUGCCGCACGAAAGACUACGGUGAAAAAAAAGAAAAAAAGGAUUCGAUAGAAAUUGAAGUUUAUAAUCGGAUGUGUUUACAUGGGAUUAUUUAAAUUCCCUCACAAAAAUGGUAGUCAAUUUUAUAAGCCAGAUGUCUGAAUCCUUUUGGUCAUCAGAUGUUUGGUUGCCUCCCGGAGUCACCUGGAAAGAUAUCGAACCUAAUGACCAAAAUCCAAUCGCUUAUCCCCGCUUUAGCGAUAUUUGGUAUCCUGUUUUAUUUUCGUUCGGUCUUACUUUCCUCAGGCUGUUGUUUGAAAAGUAUGUUUUCUUUCCGUUGGGCGUAGCCAAUGGUCUGAGACCUGUCAGGCCUUGGAAAGGCCAAGCACCAGAUAAUCCUACGCUAGAGAAGGCCUAUCUUGUAGCGAGAAAAGGCAGAUUAAACUACAAACAGAUUCAAGGACUAGCCAAACAGUUGGACUGGACAGAGAGACAAGUGGAGAGAUGGAUUCGCAUGAGACGAAUGAUGGAUCGGCCCUCUACACUUGUCAAGUUCAUGGAGUGUGGCUGGAGGUUCAGCUACUAUGGAUUUAUUUUUGCCUACGGAGUGUGGACUCUCUGGGAUAAAGAUUGGCUCUGGGACAUUAAUAAUUGCUGGUACACUUUCCCUCACCAGGGUGUGACCAACGAUAUUUGGUGGUAUUAUAUGAUUGAGCUUAGUUUCUACUGGUCUUUGCUCUUCUCAAUGUUUGAAGACAUCAAGAGGAAAGAUUUUUGGGAAAUGUUGAUUCAUCAUUUUGUAACUAUUAUUUUGUUGGUUCUGUCGUGGACAUGUAACCUCGUUCGAGCAGGGACCCUUGUUCUUGUGAUACACGAUUGCGCCGAUAUCUUCUUAGAAAUGGCCAAAAUGAUGAAGUACAUAAAGUACCAACGAACAUGUGAUGUGUUGUUCGGGAUUUUUACGGUUACUUGGAUAUGUUCACGACUGGUGGUAUAUCCAUUCUGGUUCCUCUAUAGCACGUGUAUCGGCGCUAAAGAAAUAGUGCCCAUGUUUCCUGCUUACUAUAUUUUCAACUCGCUGUUACUAAUGCUGCUUAUUUUGCACGUCAUAUGGACGUAUUUCAUUCUCAAAGUAUUAUACCGAGCCAUUCUUUCAGGACAGAUGGAAAAAGAUUCUCGUAGCUCAUCCAGCGAAGAUUUCAGCGAAGAUAAUAGCAAAUCUGGCAAUUCUUCGGCCUCACCUACGACUCCAUCCAAACGAUUGCCUGCCAGCUCCUUGAGCCAGCAAAGUCGAGAACACAAGAAUUCCAAAUAGUCGUAUAAAUUAAAUGAACGUGGUCCAAAAAAGUUUACAGUAGCCCGAUCGUGGUUUUUCUCGUGUAAGUUAUAUACUGCUUGAGAAGCAUCAAAUACGGUACGAUUUUCAAGCAUCAAAGUAUGAAUUAUUCUUAAAUAAACGUAGGUCUAUUGUUUUUACUAAAAUGAAUGAAGUAAUUUCGUGUCCCAGAGUGGAGUGAGUGUGAUUUCAAAUUUUCUAGGAGUAUGUAUGCAUUAUUCUUUCUGUCGUCGACUUUUGGCAUCAGCGACUUGUGCUGCUUGCGGUGUUUCAAGUUCCCGCCACCACCACCCGAGUGUCUUUUUUAACACCCUGCAAAUGCCUUCCUUUAAGGUUUAUCUGAUUGAUCCUUUGAUGCGCAUUAUCAGCAGUGCCUUUAUUUACGCAAAGCAAAGAAAAACCGCUUCAUGUUUCUAUUUAAUUUUCUCGCCAACUUGUUUUUUGUUUGUUUAUGAAUUUCUGUAAUAAAACAGUUUCGAUGAUUUCAUUGUUGCAUAAGUACUGCGAGUUUUGCAAUCAUCCCAAUUUGUCCUGUGUUUGUUUUUAUUGAUCAAAUUGUUGUGCUGUUCAAUAAAGUAACCCGAGAGCUUG